UCCAAACGAGCCCCUUUACAAGGCUUGGGAAAGAUUCAAAGAUCUCCAAAGGCAAUGCCCACACCACAAUAUCCAAAGCUGGCACCUAAUGACGGCUUUCUAUGAAGGCCUAAACGAAAACUCACGGAUAUUGUUGGAUGCCUCAGCACGUGGAUCAUUCAUGAGCCUUGAACUUGACAAAGCUGAAGAACUCAUUGAGCGGAUCUCAACAAACGGUUCCACCUGGUACUCUGAUCGUCCAACCUCUCAACCAAAAAUUGGAGGCAUGUACGAAGUUGAUCAAAUGUCAGCCAUGGCAGCUAACGUCGAUAGCAUGAUGAGCAUGAUCCAAAAGAUUUCUCAAGUCUCUGCUGUGCAAAACACUACGCCAGCACCGCCUCAUGUUCCUGUUCUCAUGUGUAGCAAUCUCAGUGGAGCUGCCAAUCCACAAGCUUAUCGGAGUUCACCACCCGGCUUUCAAAAUCAACAGCAACAACAAUUUAGAGGUGGCCAAGGUUUUGCUAACAAUCAACAAUUUAAGCAAAACCAAAGCUUCCCCUACGUUUCCAAUCAACAAAAGCUGAUCCUGCCAACUCCUGAAACAACAUCAGCUUCCGGCUUGGAGAACAUUGUUGAUCAGCUCCUCAAAUCUCAAUUAGCUCAAGCCGAAACCUUGAAGAGGAUUUCUGAAGAGCUUACUAAACUUCGAGCUCACAAUAGGAUGCUUGAAAAUCAAAUCUCUAGUCAAGCAUCAACAUCAUCAACAAAGGUGACUGGGAAAUUGUCAGCUUGUCCCGAGAUUCCAAGAGAGCAAAUGAAUGCUAUCACUACUCGAAGUGGGAAACAACUUCAAUCUCCAUCUCUUCCGAGUAGUGAUCCCGAAUAAGAAAGAGGAGAGGAUGCCAAAGAAGAAGCUCAGAACAAAGUCAAAGGAGAUGUUGCUGUAAUGUUGCCGAAGUCAAUCCAGAUCAAAGAAGGAAAGAUAAAAGAAGAAGAAGGUUUGGUAAGGAAAUAUGCUCCACCAAUUCUUUUUCCAAACCGACUCAAGAAAUCACAUAUUGAGGAACGAAGAACCAAGUUCUUGAACCGAAUCAAGCAAUUGGAUAUCU